CGCACUGUGCUCCUCCACCCGUCUCCCUCCACCAAGAUGUCAGUCCUUCAAAGAAACUGCUUCUUCAGUCUUACUCUGCUUGUGGUGGGUACUAAGGAGCUAUGUCUGAACAGAGACGGCUGUGGAUAACAGACAAAGCUGGAGCAAGUCGGCAGGACUCUGGGAGUCUGGUUUCAGGCAGAUCUCUCAUGGUCCCCACAGUCCAGACGAAUAAGGUCCAGGGAUUCAGUGACUGUGAGUUUGAAGGAAGAGCCGCCAUGGAAAGCCUGCUCUUCUGACGCCCGGUUUUGUGCUCCCAACCCCAUGCCGUAAACCUAAUUUACAUACCUAAAGUGCAAUGCAACCUUUUAAACAGAACAAAGUGUGGGAGAAAUCUGUAUUUUGAUUCUAAGCAGAACUGACAGACCAUCUGAAUCAUGUAAGAGAAGUUUUGAAAAGCCUGCUGUGUCCAUAAACAAGAGGUUGAUUAUUCUUAAACUGGAGGGAAUCCAGCUGCAUCAUCAAGGGGCCAAAGAAGGAGAUGAAAAAACCUUGCACUUUUUCAGAAGUCUGCUGUAAGGCCAGCACCUUUUCUGCUGCCAUGAUAACCCCUCAAGAAAUGGAACAGACCACACCAGGGGCUGACCCUGACAUGCACCAGCCCAGACAGCUUUCUUCUCUACGUUCACAUCUGUGGAAAGAGAUGCUAGAGAAGUUCCUGAAAGGGGAACCCAAAAUCCUUGGGGUUGUACAAGUCCUGAUUGCCCUGAUGAACUCGAGCUUGGGGACAGUCGUGAUGAGUGUCACAUUGUCACAUAAAUACUGGGAAUACUCCUUCUUCUUGGCAUGUGCAGGGUAUAUAAUUUCGGCAUCAGUGAUGUUUAUUAUUUCAGGGUCCUUGUCAAUUGCAGCAGGAACUAAAGGGACAAAAGGUCUGGUCCGGGGUAGCCUAGGAUUGAACAUCACCAGCUCUAUCUUGGCUGCCAUAGGGAUCAUACUCCUUUCAUUCAGUUUUCUUGUUUCUUCCUUUGAAUAUACCUGUAGAAGCAAUCCAGAUUUGGAGAACUGUUCAAUGAUCCUGUCUAUUUUAAUGGGAAUGAAUGGUAUGGUGCUCAUUUUAACCCUGCUGGAGUUCUGCAUUGCUCUAUCCCUCUCUGCCUUUGGAUGCAAAGUAACCUGUUGUAAAUCUGGUGGGGUUGUGUUCAUUCUGCCAUCAAACGUUCAUGUGGCAGAAACAGCAUCUCCUGCACCAUUGGCAGGAGGUUUGAUGCCACCAACGGAUCAACAGAAAAAUGUUCCAGAAAAUCUUUCCCUCCAGUAAUGCAAGAAACCUGCUUGGGAAAGUACCAGGAUCCAACUCUGACUCUUAUGUAUGUAAAAUUCUGAGUCAUGUUCUUAUUUUCCCUCAUAACUCAACAAUUCUCUUGUCCAUCUCUUUAAAUGCAGUAAAAGACUUUAAAUAAAUAAAUCAUACAUUUAAUGAA